AUGAACGCUGCGCUGAGAAGAGGCACUCUGAGGGCUGCGCUGGGAGCCGCGAGACGGCCAGCAGACACCGCAGGCCCACGACGCAGCGCACACUCAGCAGCAGCGAGCUUCAGGUGGACAGACCCGCUGGACGCAGAGAGUCUCUACACGGCAGACGAGCUGGCUAUCCAGGACACGGCCCGGCGGUACUGCCAGGAGCAGCUGGCCCCGAGAGUCCUAGAGGCAUAUCGGAAUGAGGCCUACGACCCGGAGAUCCUGCGCGAGAUGGGCUCGCUGGGCCUGCUGGGCGCUACGAUCCAGGGCUACGGCUGCGCAGGCGUGUCGACGGUGGCCUCGGGCCUGAUCACCAAGGAAGUCGAGCGAGUCGACUCGGGCUUCCGCAGCGGCAUGUCCGUGCAGUCCAGCCUGAUCAUGACGGGCAUCCACGAGUUUGGAUCCGAGGAGCUGAAGCAGAGACUGCUCCCGCAGCUGGCCCAGGGCAAACUGCUGGGCUGCUUCGGCCUGACCGAGCCCAACCACGGCUCCGACCCAGGCAGCAUGGAGACCGUCGCCAGACCUCAUCCUACCAAGAAGGGAUUUUACAGUCUCUCUGGCACCAAGACCUGGAUCACCAACUCGCCCAUCUCAGACGCCUUUUUGGUCUGGGCCAAACUCGACGGCAAGAUACGCGGGUUUGUGGUCGAGCGAGACCAGUGUCCCGAGGGAACGCUCCGGACGCCUGCUAUCAAGAACAAGACUGCCCUGCGAGCUUCGAUCACAGGCAUGAUCCAGAUGGACAACUGUCCUGUCCCCGAGACUAACAUGUUUCCCGAAGUAACGGGGCUGGUGGGACCGUUUACCUGUCUGAACAGCGCCAGGCUGGGCAUCGCGUUUGGCACGAUGGGGGCGCUGGAGGAUUGUAUUAGCCGAGCACGAGAGUAUGCGCUGGAGAGGAAGCAGUUCAAGGGCAACCCGCUGGCCAAGUACCAGCUGGUGCAGAAGAAGCUGGCGGACGCUGCUACGGAUGCGGCGUAUGGCACGCUGGCGGCGGUGCAGGUGGCCCGGCUGAAGGACGAGGGCAAGGCUGUGCCGGAGAUGAUAUCCAUGAUCAAGCGGCAGAACUGUGACCGGGCCCUGGCUGGCUCGCGGACGCUGCAGGAGAUCUUUGGCGGCAAUGCUGCGAGUGACGAGUAUCAUAUUGGCAGACAUGUAGCCAACCUGUUCGUCACCCAGACCUACGAAGGCCAGAGUGAUAUCCAUAUCCAUCCAUAUCCAUAUCCAUAUCCAUAUACAUAUACAUACAUAUACAUAUACAUAGACAGCACUCUACCACAUCCACUUCUACAUCCACAUCCACGUCCACCAUCUUCUACCAACCGUCUACUACCUUCAUCUACUCCAUCUCUCUUCUCUUCUACUAUCUUCUUCUAUCAUCUUCUUCUCUUCUCUUCUCUACUCUACCCCUAUCCCUACUCCAUCUUGCUUCUCCCGCAGGUAUAUAAAGGCCUCUCCUUGCUGUCUGCCUCGCUGCCAGGCUGCUUCUCCCUCUCCCUCUCUCCUCGUUCGUCCUCUGCUGGCUGCAAGAAGAGGGAAAACACGCUUGUCUCGGAACCAGCUAACACCCAACCCCGCCAUAGCCACCGAAGAGAGAAAAAACUCACCACCGCCGGAACGCACACGACCACGACCACCCCAGGUCUCGCUCGCUCCUCUCCCUCAGACACUUCACCUUCAGACAGCCGUCAUGGCCCUCAAGCGCAUCAACAAGGAACUCACAGACUUGGGACGGUCAGCCUCUCCUUACCCCCCAUCCGCUUCCUUGCUUCCCCAGCCCCCGUGGAGUCCGGCGUCUAG